UUUUAUAGAUGGCGUUUUGGCGUUGCACGAUGAUGACAUUGACGAUGACUGUCAGAUACCAAGUUUCCACAAAUGUGAAAUCUGUUUGCUGUCUUUUCCAAAAGAGUCACAGUUUCAGCGUCACAUGAGGGAGCAUGAGCAAAAUGACAAGCCACACCGAUGUGACCAGUGUCCCCAAACAUUUAAUGUUGAGUUCAACCUGACACUUCAUAAAUGUACACAUAAUGCAGAAGAUCCUGUCUGUCCUGUGUGCAACAAGCGGUUCUCCCGAGUGGCCAGUCUCAAAGCACAUAUUAUGCUCCAUGAGAAGGAAGAGAACCUCAUUUGCUCUGAGUGUGGGGAUGAGUUCACGCUGCACAGCCAGCUGGCCAUACACAUGGAGGAGCACCGGCAGGAGCUGGCAAACAACCGAGCCCACACCUGCAAGGCCUGUAAGGAGGAGUUCGAGACGACGCCCGAGCUGAAGGAGCACAUGAAGACUCACUGUAAAGUUAGGGCAUCAGGUACAAGAUCUUACAAUCGGAACGUUGACAGGAGCAGCUUCACAUACUCGUGCCCACACUGUGGAAAGACAUUUCAAAAGCCCAGUCAGUUAACGCGACACAUAAGGAUACACACAGGUGAAAGGCCGUUCAAAUGCAGUGAGUGUGGAAAAGCUUUUAACCAGAAGGGGGCCCUGCAGACCCACAUGAUCAAGCACACAGGAGAAAAGCCGCACGCCUGUGCCUUUUGUCCUGCCGCCUUUUCUCAGAAGGGGAACCUGCAGUCCCAUGUACAGAGGGUCCACUCAGAGGUAAAAAAUGGGCCCACUUAUAACUGUACAGAAUGUAGCUGCAUUUUUAAAAGUUUAGGUAGCUUAAACACUCAUAUCAGCAAGAUGCACAUGGGUGGACCCUCGAAUUCCACAAGUUCUUCAGAGACUGCACAUGUUAUAACGGCCACGAUCUUUCAGACUUUGCCUCUGCAGCAGAUGGAAGCCCAGGUCUCAUCAGUCUCUAGUCAGCAGAAUUCUCAGGCAGUGACUGAUGUCAUUCAACAGCUUCUGGAACUGUCUGAGCCGGGGCCGGUAGAGGCACAGCAGUCCCCACAGUCUGGGCGGCAACUGAGUGUGACAGUGGGCAUCAACCAGGACAUCCUCCAGCAAGCCUUAGAAAACAGUGGGCUGUCUUCACUUCCAGUUGCAGCACCUCCCAGCGACUGCAGCCAUGCUCAGCCGUCCACAGGGUCUCCACAGAGUCCACAUGCCUCUAGUGUCUCUGCUGAGCAAGCUGAUUCCAUGGAUGCUGAGCAGGAAAAGGGACAGGAAAGCCCUGAGAAGAUGGAUAAGAAAGAGAAAAAAAUUAUGAAGAAGAAGUCACCGUUUCUACCUGGCUCCAUUCGGGAGGAGAACGGGGUACGGUGGCAUGUGUGUCCCUACUGCACAAAGGAGUUCCGCAAGCCCAGUGACCUUGUGCGCCACAUUCGCAUCCACACCCACGAGAAGCCCUUCAAGUGUCCACAGUGUUUCCGGGCCUUUGCCGUGAAGAGCACACUGACCGCUCACAUCAAAACUCACACUGGCAUCAAGGCCUUCAAGUGCCAGUACUGCAUGAAGAGCUUUUCCACCUCAGGGAGCCUCAAGGUGCACAUCCGCCUCCACACAGGAGUUAGACCCUUUGCUUGUCCUCACUGUGAUAAAAAAUUCCGAACCUCAGGCCAUAGGAAGACUCACAUAGCUUCCCACUUUAAACACACGGAGCUGAGGAAGAUGAGGCACCAGCGGAAACCUGCGAAGGUUCGGGUCGGCAGGAGCAGUGUUCCUGUCCCCGACAUUCCUUUGCAAGAGCCGAUUCUCAUAACUGACUUAGGUCUUAUCCAGCCCAUUCCAAAAAACCAAUUUUUCCAAAAUUAUUUUAAUAAUAAUUAUGGCAAUGAAGCAGAUAGACCAUACAAAUGUUUUUACUGUCAUCGAGCAUACAAAAAGUCUUGCCAUCUUAAACAGCACAUCAGAUCACAUACGGGUGAGAAACCUUUCAAAUGUUCUCAGUGUGGUAGAGGCUUCGUCUCUGCAGGAGUGCUCAAAGCGCAUGUCCGGACACACACUGGCCUGAAGUCCUUCAAGUGUCUGAUCUGCAACGGAGCCUUCACCACAGGGGGCAGCUUGCGGAGACACAUGGGCAUACAUAACGACCUCCGCCCCUACAUGUGUCCCUAUUGCCAGAAGACAUUCAAGACUUCCCUAAACUGCAAAAAACACAUGAAAACCCAUAGAUAUGAACUAGCCCAGCAGCUCCAGCAACAUCAGGAGGCUUCCUCCAUAGACGACAGCACUGUGGACCAGCAAAGCAUGCAAGUGUCAGUUCCCCUGCCUGUGGAGAUUGAGAGUGCAGAACUGCAGCAGACCCCGGAGACUGUGGCAGCAGACCCGGAGGCGAUUCUAGAACUGGGGCCACAGCAUGUGGUAGGCACAGAAGAUGCGGAGCUUGGACAGCAGUUGGCAGAUGAGCAUUUGGGAACCGAGGAAGAUGGGUUUGCAGCUUCCCAGGAUCCUCUCCCAGGGCACAUGGACCAGUUUGAAGAGCAGACUACUCCACAGCAGUCUUUCGAGUCUGCAGGACUCUCACAAGGUUUCACAGUGACUGACACGUACAAUCAACAGACCCCAUUUCCACCCGUGCAGCAGCUGCAGGAUUCUAGCACACUUGAGUCCCAGGCCUUGUCUACGAGUUUCCACCAGCAAAACUUACUGCAGGUCCCAAGCUCUGAUGCCAUCAAUGUGGCAGCUCGUUUGCUUCCAGAGUCAUCUCAAGAGGAUCUAGACCUACAAACACAACGUCCACAGUUCCUGGAGGACAGCGAAGACCAGAGCAGGCGCUCUUACAGAUGUGACUAUUGCAACAAAGGCUUCAAGAAGUCCAGCCACUUGAAGCAGCAUGUGCGCUCACACACAGGGGAGAAACCUUACAAGUGCAAGCUCUGUGGGCGUGGCUUUGUCUCCUCUGGUGUCCUCAAGUCUCACGAGAAGACACACACAGGAGUCAAGGCAUUCAGCUGCAGCAUCUGCAAUGCCUCCUUCACCACCAAUGGCAGCCUCACGCGGCACAUGGCCACACACAUGAGCUUGAAGCCUUACAAGUGUCCGUUCUGCGAAGAGGGCUUUCGGACAGCACUUCACUGUAAAAAGCACAUGAAGAGACACCAGGCCGUCCCUUCUGCAACCUCAACAGCUGCAGAGACAGAGGCAGGAGACACAUGUGUGGAGGAAGAGGAGGACACUUCUGACAGGAGUGCGUCCAGAAAGCCUCGUCCUGAGGUCAUUACUUUCACAGAAGAGGAAACAGCCCAGCUGGCCAAAAUUCAGCCCCAGGAGAGUGCUACAGUGUCUGAGAAGGUCCUGGUGCAGUCGGCUGCAGAAAAGGACCGAAUCAGUGAGAUGAAGGAUAAGCAAGCAGAGCUUGAGGCCGAACCCAAGCAUGCCAACUGCUGCACAUACUGUCCUAAGAGCUUCAAGAAGCCCAGUGACCUGGUGAGGCAUGUUCGAAUCCAUACUGGAGAAAAGCCAUAUAAGUGUGAUGAGUGUGGGAAGAGCUUCACUGUGAAGUCCACUUUAGAUUGUCAUGUGAAGACUCACACCGGCCAGAAGCUAUUCAGCUGUCAUGUCUGCAGCAACGCCUUCUCCACAAAGGGAAGUCUGAAGGUGCAUAUGCGCCUGCACACGGGGGCGAAGCCUUUCAAGUGUCCUCACUGUGAGCUGCGCUUCCGCACUUCUGGGCGGAGGAAGACUCACAUGCAGUUCCACUACAAGUCGGACCCAAAGAAAGCCCGGAAGCCUGUGACCCGGAGCUCGUCAGAAAGUCUCCAGUCUGUGAACCUCCUCAACUCCUCUUCCCCUGACCCCAAUGUGUUCAUCAUGAACAACUCUGUUCUGACGGGGCAGUUUGAGCAGGGUGUCCUGCAGCAGGGGCUCGUGGGCCAAGCUAUCCUUCCUGCCUCUGUUUCAGCUGGUGGAGACUUGACAGUGUCUCUGACUGAUGGGAGUUUGGCCACCCUGGAAGGUAUCCAGUUACAGCUUGCUGCUAAUUUGGUUGGCCCAAAUGUGCAGAUUUCUGGACUCGAUCCCUCCAGCAUCAACAACAUCACAUUGCAGAUUGACCCGAGCAUUCUGCAGCAGACACUUCAGCAGGGCAGCCUGCUUGCUCAGCCGGUCACAGGGGAGUCUGGCACAGGCUCACAGAACACCUCUGUGCAGGCGUCCGACAGCUCUGUCCCAGCCAGUGUCGUCAUCCAGCCCAUCUCAGGCCUGUCCUUACAGCCCACAGUGACGUCUGCCAACCUCACCAUUGGCCCGCUCUCUGAACAGGAUUCUGUGCUGACCACCACCAGCAGCGGGACACAGGACCUCACUCAAGUGAUGACUUCACAAGGCCUUGUGUCCACUUCAACGGGCCCCCACGAGAUCACCCUGACCAUCAACAACUCAAGUCUCAGCCAGGUCCUUGCCCAGGCUGCUGGCCCCGCCGCCACAUCAUCCUCGGGCUCUCCACAGGAGAUCACGCUGACAAUCUCUGAACUUAAUCCUACAAGUGGCAGCCUUCCUUCAACAACACCGAUGUCACCAUCAGCCAUUUCAACCCAGAACCUGGUCAUGUCUUCAUCAGGUGUGGGUGGUGAUGCCAGUGUCACACUGACCCUGGCUGAUACUCAGGGCAUGCUGUCUGGAGGUCUGGACACGGUUACAUUGAACAUCACCUCUCAGGGCCAGCAAUUUCCAGCAUUGCUUACGGAUCCCUCUCUCUCAGGCCAAGGUGGAGCAGGCUCACCACAAGUCAUAUUAGUGAGCCACACUCCACAAUCCUCAUCUGCUGCUGGUGAAGAAAUAGCUUACCAGGUGACUGAUGUCUCUGCCCAGCUGACCCCUAACAGCCAGCCUGAAAAGGAGGGCCCCUUGCACCAGUGCCUGGACUGUGAGCGUGCCUUCUCCUCCGCCGCCGUGCUCAUGCACCACAGCAAGGAGGUGCACGGAAAGGAGCGUAUCCAUGGCUGCCGCGUCUGCAGGAAGGCCUUCAAGCGUGCUACACACCUCAAGGAGCACAUGCUGACACACCAGGCUGGCCCCUCGCUCAGCUCUCAGAAGCCCAGGGUGUUCAAAUGUGAUACCUGCGAGAAGGCUUUUGCGAAACCCAGUCAGCUGGAGCGACACAGCCGCAUCCACACAGGGGAGCGACCGUUCCACUGCACUCUCUGUGAGAAGGCCUUCAACCAGAAGAGUGCGCUGCAGGUGCACAUGAAGAAGCACACUGGUGAGCGGCCCUACAGGUGUGACUACUGCGUCAUGGGCUUCACACAGAAGAGCAACAUGAAGCUGCACAUGAAGCGAGCGCACAGCUUUGUGGCAACCUUGCAGGCAGCCGCUGUGGUCCAGGAACAGGAUGGGGAAGAGCUAAGGACCCUCCACUUAGAGGAAGUGGUGCAGGAGGCAGCGGGCGAGUGGCAGACCCUAACCAAUGUGUUCUGAUGCCAUGGAAGAAGGCUGAGAGCAUCCAUGAAGCUACAUUUGUGAAGAUUAGAUCACUCAGAGUUUCUGUUUUAAAACUUGGUGUUAAAAAUCUACCACAAUAGUUUUUUAGCUAAAAUUAUUUGAAGAAUCAUUGUCAUUCACAGACUAAUAGGAGAAAAUGCAAACGCACUGUUUUCAUUGGUCUACAAAUCACAGAACCCGAGCACGACCGUGGGCACUUUUACCUUCUCAUGGCCAGGGUAUGUCCUUAGCAGAUGACCUGGAUCUGAAUAUCACUGCAGUGGGAUUGGUGUUAGCAAAGGACAAGAUGGGAAAACACACGUAUGGUAGUUCAUGAAGUCAGAAGCAGUGCCAUCCCACACGGAUGUUCUUCCACUUUUACUCGGCGGUUUACUAAUUAGUAGCAGUCAGUUCUUUUCAGCCCACUCAGUUCAUGUAACUGAUGCCUUGAGAGGUGGCUGGACCAGCUCUCUCUCCAUCACAGACACCUAAUCCCUAGUUAGAAGAACACAAGAUCUGGCGACAGCAGGGCCACGGAGAAAGUGUGACCGCAGGCGAGGACCAGCUGCUCAAGUGGAUGUCCACACGCUUGCUGCAUGAAUCUGUCCAGUCACAUGUAUUAGGUCACUGCAGAAGCACAAGCCAUACCCUGUGAGCAGGGAGUGACAGUUGUCUCCUAAGGGACAGGAAGCUGUCCCUGUCCACCUCAGUAGAUGACCUGUGUUUUAAGGCUAAGGACCCACCACCCUGCGACUUCUCUCCUCAUGCAUACGGAGGUGUGCCGUCACUUCAGGGGUCCUUCAGUGUCAGCAGUGCUACUUGAGACAUGUCCCAAACCAAAUCCUCCUGCGCUGAGCAGUGCGUGCGCCUCAGCAUUCCAAAGACAGUAGGCUCCCCACUUCCUGUCAGUCCCCUCGAAACUAUUUAUAUGUUCUAUAUGUGAAUACCUGUGUACAUAGACAGAUAUAUGGGCCUCCAUGUGGCUGAGAAGUAUAUUUUGUAAAUAGAAGCACUAGUCCUCGUCACAGAGCGCAUCUGAGGCCACUUCCUGGUGCACUUCAGACCGGUGUCGUGUUCAUUCUGUUAAUAAAUGGAUAUCUUUCUCAUUGUAACAUAAA